AUGAAGCAAUCCGUGCUGCGCUUUGCCUGCGGCUUUAGCCUGGCCUGCGCGGUCAAAACGAAUUCCGGCAGAUCGUGGGACCCAAGCUGGGGAAUGCCCUUCGCUUCUGAGCAGGUCCCGACCGUCUUCCACGUGGGCCUGCUUUCCGGGGUUUCGCAGGCCGUCACUGCGUCAGCCACUGGCGAGGGUGCGGAGGUCAAUGGAACAGUCAGUCUGAAGGCGCUCGAGUGCCAACCUGGGUACGUCCUGUCCGAGAGCGACGAGUGCAGCCCCCUGGGCUGCGAGGUUGGCUUGGAGGGCGCCUGUGCCAGCUGUCGGCCCCAGGAACUGCGGACGGCCGAGAACCAGUGUGCCAGCUGCAAUGCAGGCUACUGGCUCAACACCGAAACCUUCAACUGCAUGCCGUAUUUGUGCGAGACUGGUGAGGGUCCGGCUUGCAAGACCUGCGAGGCGCAAGGCAAAAGGACUGGGGAGAAUCACUGUGGAGAAUGUCAUCCCGGUUUCGAGCUCAUCUCAGGCCUUUGCAACCUCAUCUCCUGCAUUUCUGGUGAUGGACCCUCCUGUGCUGAGUGCGUGCCGUUGAGCAACCGCACACGCCCCGGGCAAUGCCUCUCGUGCAGCCCCGGGUUCCACGUCAAUCCGGACAAGCGCUGUGAGCCCUAUGUGUGCAGCACUGGUGCCGCGGGCGCGUGCAAGGUAUGCCAAACUGCUGGUGCCAGGACGACGAAUGAUCAGUGCUCGCAGUGCAAUGCUGGGUACUACUUGGACCCGGACACGCGGCUGUGCAUGCCCUGGCCCUGCCGGGAGGGUGGCGGCGCUGGAUGCAAGGCAUGCACCAGCCAGCGAGACAGAACCGCCAUUGACCAGUGUCAGGAGUGUAACCCGGGCUACGAGCUGCACACGGAUGGGAGCUGCCGGCCUUUCAAGUGCCGAGAUGUUGGCCCUGGCCGGCCCUGCAGGUCUUGCCGCACCCAGCGGGACCGACGCGCAGAUGGCCAGUGCGCGGCGUGCAACCCCGGGUUCCGUCUGGGUGCCGAGGCCUUCAUGUGCAUCCCCUACAGCUGCAACGAGGGCCCGGGUGCCGCCUGCAAGCUCUGCGCCGGCGCGGAGGCCGCCAGCCACGACGGGCAGUGCCUGGACUGCAACCCAGGCUACGAGCUCCUGCCGGACGGCACCUGCCGGGCCUACGAGUGCGCUCCCUCAGACGGCGCCGGCUGCAAGACGUGCAAGGCGUUGGAGUUGCGCUCAGCGGACCAGCAGUGCGCCAGCUGCAACGAGGGAUUCGUCCUGGCACCGGAGUCAGGUGUUUGCGUGGCGGAGGAUUGCGCCACUGGACCAGGCAACCAAUGCAGGAGGUGCACACCCGACCGCACCCAGUGCGACGAGUGCAACCGGGGCUACUUCCUCACGUCGGACCGGGGAUGCCGGGCCUUCAGCUGCCACAUCUCCGACAGCGGCUGCAAGGCCUGCCGCUCCUUGGAGCACCGCACGGCCGAUGGCCAGUGCUCUGAGUGCCAUGAGGGCUUCUUCCUGGACCAGGACUCCUUCUGCAAGCCGUGGCCAUGCCGGCUGGGCCUGGGGUCUGCCUGCAAGGUUUGCAAGCCGCUGUUGGACCGCACGGGCCCGGACCAGUGCCAGGAGUGCAACGAGGGGCAUCUGCUGAGUGGCACAAGUUGCGUGCCCUUCCGGUGCAGCACGGGGCCCGGCAAGGAGUGCCAGACCUGCCGGCGGCUGCAAGAUCUCACCAGCGACGACCAGUGUGAGUUCUGCAAUUCGGGGCAUUGGCUGACCAGCGCCUUUACUUGCGAGCCCUAUACUUGCUCCACGGGCCCAGGGGACGCCUGCAAGGCGUGCAAGAGCCUGGAGGAGCGCAGCGGGGACGGGCAGUGCAGUGCCUGCCACCCGGGCCACGAGCUGCGCGGAGAGGGCUGCCGGGCCUUCGAGUGCACUGCGGGAAAGGGGGCCGCCUGCAAGACCUGCGUGGCUGCGGAGAAUCGGACCCAGGAGGAGGAGUGCAUGGAGUGCAACCCGGGCUUCUUCCUGCAGAAUGGCACCUGCCACAGCUACACAUGCAGUGUGGGCCAGGGCAAGAUGUGCAAGGAGUGCCGUCCCCAGGAUGCCCGCACGGGGCACCUGCAGUGCAUGGAGUGCCACUCGGGCUACUACCGGGACGCCAGCUUCCAGUGCGCACCCUACGGGUGCGAGGUGGACACCGGCUGCAGCGUGUGUGUCCACCAGAGCCUCCGCACUGCAGAGGGCCAAUGCGCAGAGUGCCGGCCUGGGUAUCGGAAGACCUUGGACGACCUGUGUGAGCCGUACUCCUGCCUGAUAGGUGAGGGUGCGGCCUGCAAGGCCUGCCGGCCCCAGGGUGAGCGCACAGCAGAUGGUCAGUGCCUGGACUGCAACGCUGGCUACGAUUUGAACGACGCCGGCAGCUGCGGGGCAUUCACCUGCACCACCGGUGCGGAUGAGGGCUGCAAGGUGUGCCGCGGCCCUGCGCCGGCGGAGUUGGUCCCCAAGCCCAGCUUCGAGAAAAGCCUCAGCGGCCAGACCUGCCCCGAGAACGUGAAACUGAUCGUGUACACUAGCAACAAGCUGAUCUCUCCAGCAAACUGCUCUGAUGCUGUUUGCAACGAUGCACGAUGUAACGAGGCCGAGUUCGAGAUUUUGGCCAAGCCGGAUGCCUUCUGGCAGUGCAGUUGCAUCAAGGCCAAGGCCACUUGCGAGAAGCGGACAGAGGACGCGGCGACCACAUCCUACACGCUGGCGAAUUGCCAGGUGCAGGUCAGGCACGUCCUCACAGCAAACAACCAGUGCCAGGAAUGCAACCCCGGGUACUACUUGGGCGCCGACCUCAUGUGCAAACCCUUCAGCUGCCUCAUGGGCGCAGGAAGCGCCUGCAAAAGCUGUGUGGCCCAGGCGUCCAGGACUGGCAAGGACCAGUGCUCGGCGUGCAACGCAGGGCACUACCUGGCGAAAGACCUGACCUGCAAGCCCUUCACCUGCGACACGGGCCCGGCCAAUGCUUGCAAAACCUGCCGUCCGGGUGGGACGAGGACUAGCAAUGGCCAGUGCGCGGAGUGCAACCCUGGCUACGGCCUCACUGCUGCCGCCACUUGCGAGAUUUUCAGCUGCUUCACAGGUGACGCAGACUCCUGCAGGCGGUGCCGGGACGUGUCGGUUCGCACUGCCAAGAACCAAUGCUUCGAGUGCAACCGAGGAUACCUCCUUUCGAAAGACUUCAAGUGCGAGCCGAUCACUUGUUUGGCGGGGGAUGGCAGUGCAUGCAAGACAUGCCGAGCAUCUGAAGAGAGCUCAGCAAACGAUCAGUGCCAAGAGUGCAAUCCUGGCUACGAGCUGACGGCGGAUUUCAAGUGUAGCCCACUCACCUGCACUACUGGAUCAGAUGCUGGCUGCAAAGUUUGCCGAAGCCUUGCAAAGAGAACCGCCCACGAGCAGUGCAAGGAGUGCAUGGCGGGCUAUGUGCGGACGGUGGACCACAAGUGCGAGCCACUUUUGUGCGACGAGGGUCCGGGAUCUCUGUGCAAGAGGUGCCAGGAGCAGGAUAUGCUCACAGCGGAUGACCAGUGUGCCGAGUGUAAUCCUGGCUAUGCCCUCACUGAGGACCUUUCCUGCGUGAGCUUCAGCUGCAGCAUCGGGCAAGGCAGCAGUUGCAAGAGCUGCAGGAACACGAUCAACGCCACUGCAGACAACCAAUGCAGUGAGUGCAACCCGGGGCACGAGCUGCUGCCGGAUGGGACCUGCGUGCCUUUCGCCUGCCGGAUCGGCAACGGCACGGAAUGCAAAAGCUGCCGGGACCCGCAGGACCGAACUGCGGACUGGCAGUGCACGGAGUGCAAUGAGGGGUUCCUGCUAACUGCAGAUGGCCUGUGCACGGCCAAGAAGUGCUCAACCGACGGGAAUUCUGCCUGCGUGGUUUGCGGUCCUGGUGCUGACUGUGACAAGUGCCGCCCUGGAUAUGAGCUGACUCCGUCCUUCGCUUGCAAGCCUCACGUUUGCCGAACUGGAGGUGGCUCGCUUUGCCAGACUUGCCGGCCGCAGCAGCUGCGCACAGCUGGUGGGCAAUGCGAGAGCUGCAACGCUGGUUUCGCGUUGGCCGAUGGCAAGUGCAAGCCCUUCACCUGCAUCACUGGCUCCGGUACUUCGUGCAAGAAGUGCAAGCCGCAGAGUGAUCGCACAGCGGACAACCAGUGUGAGGAGUGUAAUAUUGGCCAUGUCCUGGAUCAGGACAGCCGCUGCGUGCAGUACCGGUGCAGCACGGGGCAGGGCCCGGCCUGCAAGACAUGCAAGAAGCCAGUAGACCUGACGGCGGAUGACCAGUGCGAGGCUUGCAACCCGGGCUAUGGGUUGUCGGAGGACUUCCAGUGCGAGCCCUUGGUGUGCGAGGAGGGCAAGGGGGCGAAGUGUGCCAGCUGUCGCCCGCGUCUGGAUCGGACGGCCAAGGGGCAGUGCAUGGUUUGCAACCCCGGCUACGAGCUGACGUCCGACCUAAAGUGCGCGCCCUUGACCUGCAAGGUUGGGGACUCCAGCUCGGAUUGCAAGGUCUGCGCCGGGCAAGACGAGCGCCAGGUCCAGAACCACUGCACGGAGUGCAACCCCGGAGCGGGCCUGGUGGGCCCUCUGUGCCAGCGCCUCACCUGCGAGACGGGGCAAGGCGCCGCCUGCAAGCGCUGCGCCCCAGCGGAGCUGCGGACGGUAUUCGACCAGUGCGAGGCCUGCAACCCCGGCUACGCCUUGGAGGGCUCCACCUGCAUGGCUAUCCCGUGCGAGCUCGGGGAGGACGAGAAGUGCAAGACCUGUCGGUCACAGGAAGCCCGCACCAAGGAGAACGAGUGCGAGAGUUGCAAUCCCGGCUACACGCUGGUGAAUCGUCUUGGAGGCUGGACCUGCGAGCCCUACAGCUGCACAGAGGGGCCAGGGGAGGCGUGCAAGAGCUGCCAGCCGCAGCAGAACCGCACGGGCGCGGACCAAUGCGCUGCCUGCAACACCGGGUAUGAGCUCCUGUCGGACGGCAACUGCAAGCCUUUCAGCUGCACGACUGGCCUUGGCAUCGCGUGCAAGGCCUGCCGCCCACAGGGGGAGCUCACGGCAUCCAACCAGUGCUCUGCGUGCCAUCCAGGCUAUUACUUGACGGAGGACGGGAAGUGUCACAGCUGGGAUUGCUCUGUGGGCGAUGGCGCCGGCUGUAAGGCCUGCUUCGCGCAGAAUUUGAGGACUGAGAACAACCAGUGUGCCAUUUGCAACCCUGGCUUUUUCCGGAAGCACGACGACCUCACUUGCAAGCCCUUUGAGUGCGUUCCUGGUCCGGGUGCCGCGUGCGCAGUGUGCGUGGACCAACAGGAGCGCACCGCCCACAACCAGUGCAUGGCCUGCAACGGGGGAUACGAGCUGUCGGAGGACUCAACCUGCGAGCCCAUCGCGUGCGUGAUCGGGGAGGGGGAGGCUUGUGCCCAGUGCAAGGCGCAGCAGGAGCGAACCAAGGCGAACGACUGCUCGCUAUGCAAUCCCGGCUUCUUUCUAACAGAGGCCUUCCAGUGCGAGCCCUACCAGUGUGAGGUGGGCCCCAACGCUGGGUGCAAGGCCUGCCGUGGCAAAGAGAACCGCACCGCCCAGAACCAGUGCGAGGAGUGCAACUUUGGGUACGAGCUCACGGAAAACUUCAAGUGCAAGGCUUUCGACUGCACUGAGGGCACAGGCCCAGAUUGCAAAAGCUGCGACAAGGAGGGCAACUGUGCUGAUUGCAACGCGGGCUUUUUCCUCACGCUGGAGAAGACGUGUCAGGCAUACACCUGUGCAACUGGCGAGCCCCCCUUGUGCAAGACCUGCCGUGAGCCAGACAGCACCACAGCGGACAAUCAGUGCAAGGACUGUGCGUCUGGGCACCAGUUGAACCUUUUGCAGGCCUGUGUGCCCAUCCCGUGCCAGAGGGGCCCAGGGGAGAUGUGCAAGACCUGCAUUUCAGUCUCGGAGCGCUUGAAGGAGGAUCAGUGCGCCUCCUGCAACACUGGCUAUGCGCUCGGCGCGAACAAGACCUGCCAGCCCUACGCCUGCUUCACGGGCGAGGGGGCAGCCUGCAAAACGUGCGAGGGCCAAGGUAAGCGCACCGCGGACAACCAGUGCAAGUCUUGCAAUGAGGGAUACUACCUCACGGAUGACCUGACCUGCCAGAAGUCUACCUGUGAGGUGGGUGAGGACAGUAGCUGCAAGACCUGUGGCCCGGACAACAAGUGCAGCUCCUGCAACGCCGGUUUUCAGCUCUCAGAUGGCAGCUGCGAGCCCAUCACGUGCGACGUGGGAACUGGGGAUGCUUGCUCCCUUUGCGCCGAGCAGGCAGAUCGCGUCCGAGUGAACCAAUGCACCGCCUGCAACACAGGGUACCGUUUGACGAGGCAGAACACUUGUGAGGUGUACGUUUGCACCACGGGCAAUGGCGACGCAUGCCAGGGCUGCCUGAAGGUCGAGAACCGAACCAGGGACAACCAGUGCAGCAGCUGCAAUCCCGGGUUCCGGCUGCAGGGCACCAAGUGCGUGCCCUUCACCUGCGCGUCGGGCUUGGGCCCGGCUUGCUCAAGCUGCCGUGACCAGAACUCGCGCACCGCCGAUGGUCAGUGCGCUGAGUGCAAUCCCGGGCACGAGUUGUCGGAGGACUUGAAGUGUCGCCCCUUCACUUGCGAGAUUGGCCCCGGGGAGCAGUGCAAGGCCUGCCGGGGCCUGAAGAGUCGCACCUCGGAUGGGCAGUGCCUUGAGUGCAACCCUGGCUACACGCUGACGGACGGCUACAAGUGCAGCCCCUUCUCCUGCGCAGCGGGGCAGGGCGCCAACUGCCAGGUCUGCCGGGCGCAGGAGGCGAGGAACUCCCACGGUCAGUGCGCGUCCUGCAACCCGGGCUUUCGCCUGCUGGAGGACGCCACCUGCAGCGCCUUCACCUGCCGCGCGGGCCCAGGCUCCAGCUGCCAGGAGUGCCGCAAACCCUCAGAGCGCACGGCGCGGGACCAAUGCGCUGCCUGCAACUCAGGCUUUUACUUGGACGAGGAUGCGCAGUGCCGGCCGUAUAGCUGCAGUGAAGGGCCCGGAGGAGAGUGCAGGCGAUGCACGCCCCAGAGCCAGCGCUCGGCAGAUGGCCAGUGCCGGCGGUGCAACGCGGGGUAUGAGCUCACGGGGCUCAAGACCUGCCGGCCCUUCCGCUGCGAAAACCUGGAGGACCGGCAGUGCCUGGAGUGCCUCGAGCAGCCUUUGCGGAGCAGUGACAACCAGUGCAAGAAGUGCAAGCCAGGAUACAGGCUGACGCACGACAUGACCUGCGUGCCUUUCAAGUGCACAGAGGGCGGCUCCUGCAAGACCUGCCGCGCCCAAGUGGAGAGGACCAGGGACCAGCACUGCCACCUGUGCGCCGACGGCUUUGCGCUGGCGCCGAGUGGCGGCUGCGAGGCCUUCGGGUGCCGCCACGGGGCGGGCAGCAAGUGCCGGGUCUGCCGGCCCUUGGCGCGCCGGACGGCGGAGGACCAGUGCGAGUCCUGCAACCCCGGAUUCGGGUUGGACGCCAACACCGGGGCUUGCGCGGAGUACAGCUGCCACACCGGGCAGGGGGAGAAGUGCAAAAGCUGCCGCGCGCCUUCCCAGCGCACGGGCAACAACCAGUGCGCGGAAUGCAAUGAGGGCUAUGAGAUCACUCCGAGCUCCCGCUGUGCAGCCAGGCCACAGAAGUGGCUUCCUCGUGUCAGCGCGAUCAUGUACACCAAGGAGGUGGUGGAGGAGGUGUUCAAGCAGCUGGACCUGAACGGGGACGGCAAGAUCACCAGCGACGAGUUCAGCAAGAAGGAGAUGGACCAAGCGCUGGCCAAGGCGCUGGCGAAGCUGGCCAUGGACAAGGCCUUUGACUUCCAAGCCCUGAGGCGGCCGGGGGAUACAGACCUGGUGGCCAUCGACAGAGUGUUUGAGCGGCUGGAUGCCGACCAGGAUGAGUACGUCUCCGCCGGAGAGUUCAAAUCUGGGGUGCGGAGCCAAGAGGUGAGUGCGGUGCAUCUCUUCCAGUCAGUGGACGAGGAUCGUGACGGCCGGGUGUCGCGGGCGGAGUUCGCCGACGCGGCCCGGGGCCCCGCGGAGCUGCGGGCCAUGAGCCUGGCCUUCCGCCGGGCGGAUGCCGACCACGAUAUGUUCGUCUCGCAGGCAGAGUUCCUGCAGGAUGUAGGAAAGCAUUAUCCCACCUCCUCGGUGGACGAGUGGGUCCCUUUCUUCGAGAAGCUGGACGUAGAUAAGGACGGCCGGCUCUCCCGCGUGGAGUUCCAGGCGCAGGCCCCGGACGCUGGCCCCGACGGCAUGUCCUUGCUGAGCCAAGCUGUGGAGAACCCCUUCGAGGUCCACACGUCGGACGGAAUGGUUGGACUGAGGGGGCAUGACAGGCGGGCUCUUGCGUGA